UCCAAAACGCAAACCGGCAACGAUUUGUUUUGAAGGGAGACAGCGAGACGGGUGGAGCAGGCGACGGACAGAGACAGAGAGACCAACGAGAAAGAUAGAAGAGGAAGAAAGGGUUGAGGGCUGGUCUAGCUGCGGAAAAACGGGAAAAUGAGUAGCUCCGAGGAGGUGUCGUGGAUCUCAUGGUUCGUGGGGCUGCGGGGCAAUGAGUUCUUCUGCGAGGUGGACGAAGAUUACAUCGAGGACAAAUUCAAUUUGACGGGGCUCAACGAACAAGUCCCUCACUACCGACAAGCUCACGACAUGAUUCUUGAUCUGGAGCCAGAUGAUGAAAUAGAUGACAACCCAAAUCAGUCUGAUUUGAUUGAACAGGCCGCAGAGAUGCUCUAUGGCCUUAUUCAUGCUCGGUACAUUCUUACAAACCGUGGUAUUGCCAAGAUGAUUGAGAAGUAUCAAAAUGGUGAUUUCGGUCACUGUCCACGGGUGUACUGCGAACUUCAGCCCAUGCUUCCAAUUGGCUUGUCUGAUGUACCCGGCGAAGCUAUGGUGAAAGCGUACUGCCCAAAAUGCAGGGAUGUCUACACACCAAAAUCUUCUCGCCAUCACCACACUGAUGGUGCCUACUUUGGAACUGGUUUCCCUCACAUGCUUUUCAUGGUUCAUCCUGAAUACAGGCCAAAGAAGCCUGUCAAUUCCUUUGUGGCAAGGCUUUAUGGUUUCAAGAUUCAUCACUCCGCUUAUGAGAUGCAAUAUGCUGCCGCUGCUAACUUCAAAGCUCCCAUCCGAACCAUUAAAACUAACAUGAGAUAGAAUUUCCUCUCUAGACAGGAUUAAGGAACCUCAUUGUUCAGGAUGUCUGGUUAUACCUCUUUACUUCCUUACCCUCAUGUUCUGUCUUAAUGCACCUCUACAAGUGACACGUCCAUAUAUUGUGGGGACGUUUUAUUCUUUCUACAUAAGUGUGAAUUUUCAUUUCAUUUAUAAAUUUAAAUGGCAGAACUUUCAUUCCAAAUUGUUGUUCCUUAUGAGUAUCACAAUUAAAAUGCUUCAUCAAA